AAGGCCUUCUCGGGGAACCGUUCGAACUCCGACCCCUCGCAGACUGAGCAUCAGAUGCAACUCGGAAUGUCGAGUGCAGUGAACGUAAGAAAAAUGAACGGACGCUAGGCUCAAUCCAGAUCCAGAAGAUCAGCCUGGCCCUCAGAAUGGUUUGAAUUACGACUCCCAGUCAAGCAGAAGACCAAGAGAGAGCAGUGAUAGUGAGCAAGACCCAAAUCCCAGGCAUCCACGAAGAGGCAGCAGUCGACAGGCGAAUUCUGGUGGAGCAGAAUACACACCAGCUAAGAAGUACUACAUACUAAGACAUAUGAAGAUCUUCCUACAAAGUUCAAAACAAAAAGAUUUUAUUCAAAAUCUCCAACAACAAAUGACCGAAGAAACAUAGAUCCAGAGAAUAUAGACUUCACAAGCCUAAAACCCUUUAAAAGAAGAAGUCUUUUUCCAGAAAAUUGGCAGCAGAUGAAAAUCCCUUCAUGUUGCAGCUCCUGACGACUACAAACCGUCACAGAUUAAACAGUCCACAAGAGCUCUUGCUUAAUAAGGGAUGUUAAACCUUCAUGAACUCAAUGUGCCUGGUCCAAGCAAUGUAAUGAACUACGACACCAGAAGAGCAUUGGACAUAGAGACAGCAACAGCGAAGAUUACCCAUACUCCAGACAAGAAGGAAACUAAGAAACUGGCAGACAGCCCAUGGAACCCCAAAUCUUCACAUCAGACACAAGCCAUUGCUGGGACAAGUGAGUAACGUCAGCUGCGAUCAUGGAGGACUCGGGUUUGUAUAGGAGAAAGCUUGACAGCACUUGUGAAUUCAUUGCUAUUAAGGAAGAGAUCAUUAAAGAUAUUGAUGAGGAGGAUUACCAGGUUGUAAAAAAAUCUAUUAAUAAUAUAGAACAAGAUGAUACUGUCUAUAUCAAGACUGAAUAUGAAAUUUCAGUGUCUAAAGAAGUUAAAAGUCUCAUUGAAAAAUCAGUUAAAAAAAUUUCUGAAGAGGAUUUUGGUGGAGAGAAUAUGACCUCUAUACAGACUGAAUUUGAAUCUUUAGUAUCAGUUAAAAAAAAAAAAAAAGAAACAGUGGAGCAUGCAGUUGAAGAAAAUAUUAUCUAUAUAAAGACAGGAGGAAAAGUAGAAGUAAAACAUGAAAAUCCAUUACAUAAGAAAUUCAGAAUUCAAGGAGAGGAAGCAGUUGACACUGACUCUGACAUUUUGAUCUGUGAAGAUAUAGAUCCAUUGUCAUCAGCAGUGCCAGUUUUAACUGAAACUUGUGAGAACACAUACUCAUCAGAGGGUCAGGUGCCACCUGAGAAAGGUGGUAAAGAGAAAACACACAGAAAAGUGGAUGCAACAGGGAAAAGUUAUUUUUGUGAAAUAUGUGGCAAAAGUUUCAACAAAAAAAGUAAAAUAGUAGAACAUAUGAGAGUGCAUACAAAAGAGAAACCUUUUAGAUGUGAGGUUUGCACUAGAGCAUUUGCUCAGAAAAAUAAUCUCAUAGCACACAAGAAAGUACAUACAGAUGAGAAGCCAUAUAGCUGUGAGAUAUGUAGUCGUGCAUUUUCUCUAAAGACCACUCUUGUUAAACACAUGAAAGUACACACAAAAGAGAAGCCUCAUGAAUGCCAGGUUUGUUGUAAAGCAUUUGCUCGCAAAUGUGAUCUAAAGCAGCACAUGAGAGUACACACAAAUGAGAAGCCUUAUGUUUGUGAUAUAUGUAGCAAGGCUUUUAUUGUGCAUACUAAUCUAGUUUUCCACAUGAGAAUACAUACACAGGAGAAGCCAUAUACCUGUCCAGUUUGCAACAAGGGAUUCUCACGAAAACAAUUUCAAGUGGACCACAUGAGAGUACAUACAAAAGAGAAGCCUUUUACCUGUAAGAUAUGUAGUAAGUCCUAUACAUAUAGACAUAAUUUGGUGAAGCAUACACAUGUACAUACACAAGGGUAGCCUUAUCUGUGAGGUAUGCAGUACAUCAAUUGUUUGGAAUGACUAUCUACAGAAGCCUUAUAGUGACAAGGGAAAUAAUAGAGUAUUCAGAUGGAGGAGAACGUGGGAAACCUGAAGUGACCUGUCCCCUUCAUUUUUACUUUUUUUUUUUUUAUUGUUAUUAUUACUAUGAUGAUGAUGAUGA